UUAACCAAUCAGAUGCGUCUUCCAUCAAUGUAUACAUGUUGUUUUUCAAUUGACCUCAGAUUUUAUGAAAAUUCCUCCAGCAUGGAGAUCGCAAGAGCACAAGGUYAUUUGUUCAUUGCACUAYUUUGCAUAUUUAUCACAUUCCAAGUAACGACACAAAGCAAUCCAAAAUUCCUUAAAACGGAAAUCAAUCCACUUCUCGGUUUCAAAGGRAGAAGUAUCAACUUCACCUGGACAUUCACAAAUCAAUCAUGUAAGAGGAUCUACUUCGGGGUGUGGAACAAGGAUUUUGGUAUCAUCGACCCAAGCCUGCUAACAGUCAACAUCUAUCAGAAUGAUAGCAUCACUUUGCAUCCAAACRCUUAUGAAUUCAGUGCUGCAUCUUAUCUUGGUCGGGUGAGAUGGGUUGGAGAUUUAUUCGGGAUCGAACAGAKGGCUAGUUUUGAGCUGUCAAAUAUUCAAGAUUCAGACAAAAAGGAUUAUGGGAUCGAGGUGGAUUUCCACGACCGCAAUUUUGAUACCUUAGGAAGCUGGACGCGUCUAGACGUAAAGCCACCCUCGGUGUUUACCUUUGCUCCAGAGAAUAUCUCAUCCGGGAAAGGAAAGACCGCCAACUUCACUUGGAAAUACAGCUUAAAUGAUAUUGAUGUCAAACAACUUACUUUUAUAAAGUUUGGAGUUUAUGAGAACACAGGGCUUUACCUGGAACUGUGCACUAUUCAGACGAAGAAUGGAAUGUCGUUAUCAUCGGGCUGUUCGUCAAGUAAAGGAAGAGCACACAUAUCUGCUUUGGACGCAGAUUCUAGAGUAACCUUUGUGUUGAGCAACGUAAACCUUAACGAUGAAGCAGUCUAUUCAGUUAGACUCACAGGGAUUAAAAGUCCUCCCAUGGAGAGCAAAACUAAGCUGUUUGUGACAGAUCCUCCCAGAGUUACUACCCAUCCUCAAGGAACCACUGUCAUAGAAGGAGACACACUGAAUCUGACCUGUCUAGCAACUGGUAAACCAGAACCAAUCCUCAAAUGGUAUAAAGACGGUCACGUGAUUAAAGACAAUGCCGAUGGCAUAUUUGUCAUUACCAAAACAAAGAGAUCAGACGAUGGGACGUACGAAUGCCAUGCUAAAAAUAAAGUUGGGGCGGAUCAUUCUUCUGUAGCAAAAGUCAAUGUACUUUACGCACCGAGCAUCAAUGUAUCCGGACGUGUCGUGAAUAAACACAUUCCUAUUGGCCAAAGGGCAACGUUAAGAUGCCCAGUCAUUGCCAACCCAAAAGCAACCUUCGAGUGGAUUGUUGAUGACGUAGUUGAACGCCAACAGACCAGCGAGUAUAUGCACAUCACAGUAACAUCUGAAAACGAUUAUAAGAAUUACAUCUGUAUAGCUACAAAUAAGGUUGGACAGGACAACGUCACAUUCGCACUGAAACAAGUUGGGCCACCAUCAUCUCCUCGUGUUGAUUGUGAAAAGCGAGAAGACACGACCAACAGCCGCAUCGCGAGAUUUCACUGGAACGCCCCAGAGGACAACGGAGGGGAUCCUAUAAUCACCUAUCACGUAAAAUACCGCAUUGUACAGGGACAUCUUAGUAGAGGGCCAUGGAAGUAUUUUAAUGUCAGCCAUACUGAAACAUGGUACAGAUUAGAACUCGAUUGGGGCAAGACUUUUGAAGUCACUGUGACGGCUUGGAAUAUCUAUGGCGAGAGCCCCAUGGAUUCAGACAACACUUGUGCUGUGACUGUUGCUGAAGAUCCUAAUUCAAGCAAUUAUCUGGCAAGAACGACACCUAAACUACAAGCUGCUGUCAAACAGAAACAGCAAAGCAAUUCCCCAUUACGCCUCCCGUUGUAUAUUGGUGUCUGCAUAGGAGUUGUCGUUUUGGUAGCUAUUAUCGCUCUGAUGAUCCGUCGACGUAAUGCAAAGAAAAGGCGUACGAAGAAUAAUUGGGCCGAACAGCACAUGAGUUUUAAUGCUAUAGAAGGCACCCUAUGGGAAUCACCUUCAUCGAACGACAAGCUUCUUCGUUCAGGUACCCAUUCCUUGCCAAGAAGACAGGCAAUGGUUGGAAGUCCUUGCUAUCACAUGGAUCCUGAAUGGAAGAUUCCUAGUGAUAAAAUCUGCAUCCUAAAGGUCAUUGGUAAUGGAGCCUUUGGUCUUGUGUACAAGGGGCGUGUUAAUGUUAAAGGUGAAUGGAGCUUAGUAGCUAUCAAAAGUCCUUACGCUGAUGCAACGGAUUCCGAAGUCAAAGAUCUGAUGAAAGAAUUUGAACUUCUGAAGACACUCAAGCCGCAUCCUCAUGUAAUAAAGCUGUUAGGAUGUGGUGAACAAGAAGGUCGCCCAUUGGUGAUGAUUGAAUACGUUCCGUUUGGUGAUCUCUUGGGAUAUCUGAGAAAAAGCAGAGGAGAGAACGAUGACUACUAUUCUGAUCCAGAAAUCAAGCCCAACACAAAUCUGUCAUCUCAACAGCUCAUUCGUUUUGCCUGGCAUGUUGCUGAUGGCAUGGCUUACCUUGCUUCAGAAAAGAUAAUCCAUCGUGACCUUGCAGCCCGCAAUGUACUGGUAGGCGAAGGCCUCUCUUGCAAAAUAACAGACUUUGGUAUGGCUAAAGACGUCAGCAACGACGACAUCUACGUGCGCACUACUGAGGGCCGUUUACCAGUGAAGUGGACUGCUAUUGAAGCUCUGACAGGAAGCGGCGAGUACACGACACAGAGUGAUGUAUGGAGCUUUGGUGUUGUAUUAUACGAGAUCUGUACUAUUGGUGCGGAUCCAUACCCGGGUGUUGUCGGCAAGGAAAUACCACAACGUCUCGAAACAGGAUACCGUAUGUCACGACCACAUCACGUGGACACCGAAUUGUACGAAAUAAUGACUAGUUGUUGGGAGACCAAUCCCGAUGACAGACCAACGUUCCCAGAGUUGAAAGAAACACUUAUGAAGUUGGAAGAAGUUGAAUCUAGGGACUAUAUCAACCUAUCAGAAUGUUUGUACCAAAACGUCAACCAAAUACACGUCAUAACCUCAGGGAUAUCAAGGGGAAGAAUUGGUUCAGAAAAAGGAGUGGAUAGAGGAACACUAACGAAAAGCAAUGAUUAUCACAUCAGACCAGGGAAUCAUGCUAUUCCUGUCUAGGUGUCAACUGCCGUUAUCAAAAGGACAUAUUUUUAUGAGAGAAAUGAAUUACGUGUUUCUGCUUUUUCAUAAGCUUAUAGAAACCUUAAUAAGCCUGGUCGGUAGAAUUAUACAUACUGCAGGUCCAAACACACGACAUGAUGUGAUUGGUCGAUUGAUCUGCUCUGGAAUUCUCGAUUCAAACCUAGGUUUUCAGUAAGGUAUAAUAAUAUUUAAACACGGAAAGUUAUAUUCAUUUCUAAAAAUUACCGCAUACUUAAAAUAGCUGUAUACGUUUACAGAUAAACAAUACAAUAAAUCAGAUAAAUUUAGUAAAGGAAAAAAAAGUAAAACAAAAGUAAAAAAUUCGUAGCUGUUUGAAAUGCUUAAAGGAAAUAUAGUUUUACUCCGAAAUAUAUGUGAAGCAAUAUGAAAAAAUUAUGAAGCACUUGUUUGCACUUGAUGGAAUUUGAUAAUCGAUCAUAUAUUAAUUAACAUUUUGUUGGAUUUUAUUAUAUUGAGUAUACGUAAGGAACAUUAAGAGUUCAACAACGAGAAUGGUGGCAAAGUAUGAGUGAUUGCACUUAACUCGUUAAAAAAUUUACCAGUGAAUUGAUAAUUUUUGACUAUUGCCAAGAAAGUUAUAAAACAGUAGUAUUAGCGAGGGGUGCUACAAUGAAAAGUCAUUAACAUGGUCGCGAUGUACAUGAUUUACAUGCCAUGAACUCACGAUAGCACAAUGCUCAAUAAAAGCAGAAUGAAGAUA